AGCCAGGCACAGCCUCACCAUGAGCGGCCACAACAGCUCCGAGCUCCAGGUCCUCUGCAGCUCCGGCCAGCUGUUCCUACAGCCCCUCUGGGACCGCCUGCGGACCUGGGAGGUCCUCCUCCAGUCGCCCUUUUUUCCUGUCAUCUUCUCGAUCACCACCUACGUGGGCUUCUGCCUGCCCUUCGUCGUGCUGGACAUCUUGGGCCCCUGGGUCCCCGCGCUGCGGCGCUACAAGAUCCAUCCCAACUUUUCGCCGUCCGCGCGGCAGCUGCUGCCCUGCUUGGGACAGACGCUGUACCAGCACGCGGUGUUCGUGUUCCCCGUGACACUGCUGUAUUGGGCUCGCAGCCCUGUCCUUCUGCACCGCGAAGCCCCCGAGCUGCUCCAGCUCGUGAGUCACGUCGUGCUCUGCCUGCUGCUCUUCGACGCUGAGGUUUUCGUGUGGCACGUGCUGCAUCAUAAGGUGCCCUGGCUGUACCGCACCUUCCACAAGAUGCACCACCAGAACUCGUCCACGUUCGCGCUGGCCACGCAGUACAUGAGCGUCUGGGAGCUGUUUUCCUUGGGCUUCUUUGACAUGCUGAACAUCACGCUGCUCGGGUGCCACCCGCUCACUGUCCUGACCUUUCACGUGGUAAACAUCUGGCUCUCCGUGGAGGACCACUCGGGCUAUGACUUCCCUUGGUCCACUCACAGAUGGGUGCCUUUCGGGUGGUACGGGGGCGUGGCGCACCACGACCUGCAUCACUCUCAGUUUAACUGCAACUUUGCCCCUUACUUCACACACUGGGACAAAAUACUGGGAACUCUGAAGCCUGCACCCCUCCCAGCGUGCUGAUGUGACUGCGGUGGGUGUCCCUUCGACCAGGGUCUGCUGUGCAUUUCACAUUUGAAUCAGAAGAAACGCACCAGAGUUAUUUUUUUUAAAGCAAGUAACUUAUUAGUUGAUGAAAACUGUUAUAGAUAAAAAAACUGAUAUUUUGCAGUCUGAUAAAGUAAUUUAUAUAGUGUUUGUAUAUCAAUACAAUUGUAUUUUUUUGGUGUUGAAUUAUAGCUUACUUCAAUAGUCUUGAUUCCUGCAUGUAAAUUUGACAUUCAUCACUGGCAUAUUUAAAUCAUUUCUAAAAGGAUUUAUUUGUAGAACCAGGAGUUUCCUGUGUUUCUAGAACGUGACUAAAAGAAGGAUCUGACUUCUGACUCUAUAAACAAUGAAACAUGUUCCUGCUGGACAGUGA